AUGCAUGGUGCAAUUAAAUGCGUUAAUCCCUUGUGCCCAGCAAAGAAGAUUAAAUACACAACACAAGGAAGAGAUGUGAAUGCAAAUAUUGAUCUGUCUGGAGCAUCAAUUAUUCUAGCUGCAAAUGAAUUUUUAACAGUCAUGACACCAGACUUGGUUCCCACAACUUCAUUCGAGAUGAAUGAAUACAAAAGUGAAGUAACACCAAAAGAUACUGCGAAAACUUAA